AUGGAAAACGAGGACGAACAACAACCAUGUUGUUCAUCAAGUUUAACCUCCGAGGACAGGAAACGAAAGGCAGAGACUGCCAGACUGGAUGAGAACCUGACUGAUUGUGCUAAAAAGUACAAUCUUAGCAAGAUGAACGUCAAAGAUAUUAUAAAGGUUGGUUUUUUAUUUGUAUUUUUGGUUUUUAGGCAAUUUCUUAUGGAUGAUCAUUUGAUGUCUAGUGUAAUAUGGAUUUUGAGCUGUAACUUGAACGAUAAGUGAAAGAGGGGCUUGAGACUUUAAUAGCUGAUAGAAAACAUACUUGUUUAAUUUUGCAAAGAUAAAUUGUUAAUUUUUGGUAUCUUGCAGAGGUUUUAUAAUGACUUUUGGACAGACAAACAACUGAUGGUUAGUGUAAUAUCGAAUUUUGUUCGUAUCUUUUUGGAAGCUUAAAAAUUAACUUGGAAGUUCUUACUACGGAUAAAAAACAAGAUUUCCUAUCUAUAUUAACACAACUUAUUGCAGAACAUUUGCAAAGACCCUAACAUUUUGGCAUCAAUCUUGGAAGAAGAUCCGGAUGCCUUGGAAAACCUUCGAUUGACCAGAUCUCGUUUGAAAGAGUUGGAAACGACUGUUCAUGCCAAGAUUGAUAUAAAGUUAAGGCCGCUGGAGAUUUACCGUGACGAAUGGGAUGAGGAGGAAGAAGAAGAGAGCUCGGAUUAUCAGCCGGAAGGUGAGGAUGAUGAUGAAGAUGAUAAUGAUGAAGAAGAGGAUGAUGAUGAAGUGACUGAGGAACCGAAUGGUGAUACUAAUGAUGCGGUAGGUUUUUUUUGUUUUUUUUUUGAAAUUUGAGGUUUUUGGAUGUAAUGUUAUAAAAGAAAUGGCAGGUUUUUGGGAGUUUGUUUCAAGAAUGGAAGACUGGUAUUACCUUAUAAAUUUUUCAUAUGACCUUCUUUUUAAACCUUUUUAUUUCAGGAAGCAGAAGACCCUCUAGUCCUCAAAUCCACAGCGAAUGGACCUCUUAUCUUCGACUGGGACCCAGUUAUGGCCGAAUCAAAGCCAUCGGAAUACGUUGAUUUCCUCAAAUCUUGCUUCGGUCCAGACCAUUUGGACAAUGUUUUUGAUGAAGAUAACGAUGAUCCCGACUUUGAAGACAACUUAAUUAAUGAUGAAGAAGAUCUGUGUGAAAAGUAUGGCAGAUUGGAGAAGAUUCCAGGCAAUGAAGUGCACUCAUUGAUGCAGGACGCUUAUUAUACACCUUCAGUUGAUACUCAAACCUUUGAUUUAGAUGUUCCGCUGUUUGUAACACCACGAAAAGAGGUUUUCAUUGAUGUGGAGAGUGUGGAAGAGGUUAGAUUUUCUUAAUUUAUUCAAUUUGAGGGUGGAUUUUGAUUGGUUUUUGAGUUAUAAGGUUUUAAAGUGAUAUUGUAGUAACUGAUGGGUAGUGUAAUAUGUUUUUGUUCAGAACAUGAAAGAUAUGACAAAUAAGCUGUUUUUAUAUGUCAAAUAUGGUGCAUAACAAUAUGAGUCAACUUUUUAGCCACCAAAAUCUCCGUUCAAAACACCAGUGCCUCGAGAACAACCACAAGUUCAAGUAGUUCAACCAGAUGUUGUAGUAGUCAAAAAGCAAGAAAAGAACAAGAUUAAAGCGAUGGAUACUUCUAAAACAUCAUGGUCAUUACUAAAAAGGAACACAGAGCCAAUUCAAAUGAGUUUCGAAGAAGUUGUGGCUUUGAGAGUUCAGCUUGAGCAGGUAGGACAACAUAAGAUAACAUAGAAUCAGAUGGAAAGUGGAUGUUGUCCUUGAAGUUUAUAGUUGAUUUUGAUGUAAAAUACGUUUUGAAUUUUGACCGUUUUGAUACUAUUGUUUUCAACUGAUAAAAACAGGAAAAAACGCUAAAAAUAUUGUUUUAGCACGUCCAACUGAUGGCUCAAGUCAUUGUUGUGACGAAAGAUGUGCCAUCCUUAGUGGAACAAAGAAACAAAUGUGUUAGAAUGUUGGUAAGUCGACCUAAAUUUUUUAUUUUCACUUGAAAGUUUUAAAAAAUUGUUUAGAACAUAAAAUGUGACGAUGGAAGUUGAGUGGAAGAUUCGUAAUGUAUUUUGUACUAAAAAUCUUCCACUCAACUUUCAUUUUUGAAAUGUCUUAAAAUGGUAUAAAAACACGUCUUUGACACUUUUUGGAAGUGAAAGUUUUGUGGAAGAUUUAUAUUGUAUUUUGUACUGUAAAUCUUCCAUCGAACUUAUACUUUUAAAACGUGUCAAAAACGUGUUUUCAGUCAUUUUAAGACUUUUCGAAAAUGGAAGUCGAGUGGAAGAUUUUUAGUGCAAAAUACAUUACAAAUCUUCCACUCAACUUCCACUUUUUUAAAAAUCCUAUAACUUGGUUUUAAGUCAAAAAGUGGUUAAAAAAAUUGUUGUAGAUUGGUUAAAAAUGGCAAAAAAUGCAUUUUUAGGUAAGUUUUGAUAUAAUUUAGGUAUGAUUUUAGAUAGAACUUGAUCAAAAACAAUCGGCCGCUGCACCUACCUCAAUAUACCAUAUUUCAAACCUAAAGUCAGCGAUUCAAACAGCCAACGAGGUUGAUGUCUUUGAAGAAGGUCAGUAUAACACCGAGAUUUGCGGUCGAAUCAAAGAAAAACUGGCGACAACCCAAAUCGACCUGAGGUCAUCGGUACUACUAGGCCUAUCAACAGCCCUAAAGUACCCAAACUUGAUGGUACAUUCAGGUCCAAAGCUUAAAUCGACCAGUUCAUCAUCAACUUUUAUUCCAUCAGAACAAUUCCUCUUGGCACUAGCCAUCUUCGAAAUGGUACACGUGCCCCACUCGCAUGGUACCACUCGCAUCUCCAAGUACAAGUUGAUCAGCGAGCACUUCCUCCCAAACAAGACCCACAAUCAGAUCAGGAACUACAUGAAGAAUGUCCGGACAGGCUCACUGAACAGCCCACUACAUCAAAUGAUCGUGAACGCCGAGAACGGCCAAUGGAACGUUGAGUAUGUGUUGGAUCAAGGAGAAGGCAGGAGGAAUGACAGACCCGUAGAGUGGCCAAUGGAAGUGAACAACAUACCGUAUUGGCUGAAGGUAAGGGAAUAAGGGAAGGAAAAAGUGGGGGGGGGGUGUUGGGUAGGGUGGGGGGGGGGUAUGAGGUAUGAAAAAGUUUGGGGAGGGGGGGGGGUCGGGUAGGGAAGAGGGGGGGGGGAGAGGAGGGGUGGUAGGGUGGAGUAAAAAAAUGGGGGGGGGGAGGAAGGGAUAGGGUAAAAGGUUGGGUUUUAGGGGAGGGGGUAGGGCAGGGUAUAAAAAAUUUGGGGAGGGGGCGUGGUAAAGUUAGAAGGUAAGGAUUUAAGGGAGGGGUAGCGCAUGGUGCCAAAAAAUUGAGUGGGGGGGGGGUAAAUUUUUGAAAUAUUUAUAUAGGGGGGGGGGCAGGGGCAUUAAAAAAUUUGGGGCCGGGGGGGGGGAAGUUAAAUUUAGAAAUUUAGAAGGUAAGGAUUAAGGGUAGGGUAGGGCGUAGUGCCAAAAAAAUUUUUGGGGGGGGGGUGUGGAGGUACGUAUUUAGGGGAAGGGUAGAGAAGGGUAAGGUAUAAGUUAAAGCCCGAGAUUAAUUAGUAGGGUAGACCAAAAAAAGUUGGCACAGACGGGGAGGGUAGAGUAGAAAGUAGAGAUUUAGGACAGGAAUGGGAUGGAGUUGGUAAUGUAGGCUUAAAAAUUUAUAUAAGCCUAAGAAUGAUAAUGUAAGCUUAUAAUUGGGUAUCUAAGCCUAAAAUGAGUUUCGUAAGUCCAAAAGAAGUAAAAUAAGCCUAAAUUGUGUUUCUAAGCCUAAACUACAUAGUUUAGGCUUAAAUAGUAUCUUUUAGGCUUAGAAAAGUAUUUAUGUAAUAAUAAAGGCUUAAUUUCGGGUUUUAGGCUUAUUUUUGGAUUUUUAGGCUUAUUGUUGAGUUAAAAAAACUAUUUUUUGUGUUUGUAAACAAAGUUUUUGCUUAUUUUUUACCUUUUCAGGUGAUUCAAAGCUUCUUCUCCGCCGCACCAUGCCAAGACCCGGAAAGAAGUUACAGUAAUCUUCGAAUAAAAAUCAUUUUGGAUCAAAAUGCCAAAGAUACGUCAGCACCGAUUAGUACUGACUUAGCACCACCAUUAUCACGGCCAAGUGCAGUACUAUCAAGAACAGCAUCAGAGUCACGGUCAGGUACAGUAUCAGUACCAUCAGUAUCACAUUUGAGUACAGGAGUAGUACCAAAUUAUAAUACAGUACUACUACAAGAUUCAGUACCAGUAUCAUUGGACGAUACAAUACUACCACAAGAUACAGUACCAGUAUCAAUGGACAAUACAGUACUACUACAAGAUACAGUACCAGUAUCAAUGGGCAAUACAGUACCAUUACGAAACAAUUUGCAAGUACCAUGUGGCAAUACAGUACCAGUACUAUCGGACAGUACAUCACUUCUACAAGGUUCAGCACCAGUACUACUGGACAAUUCUCUACCAGUAAUAUUACAAAAUGGAGUACCAGUACCACUUUACAGCAUAUCAGAACUACACAACGCUUCAACAGUACCAUUUACAGUACCAGGACCAAUCGUAACUGGUACUGCUGAUGGAGUACCAGUACUACUACAAAAAACAGUACCAAUGCUACUACAAGACGGAGUACUAGUACCACUACAGAACGCAGUACCACUACAAAAUAUAGUACUGGUACAGGAUGGAGUACCAUUGUCGCUACAGAAUGGAGUACCAAUGGGGCUACAGAAUACAGUACCAAUGCUACAGCAGAGUACGGGAUUGGGUUCUAUGAUACUAUCAGAUGCAUUAUCAGUACUACAGCAAAAUGAAAGCUCAGUACCACUAACCAAUACAGUACCAUGGCUACAAGAGAGUUUAGUACCACUAUCGUCUGAUACAGUACCAGUAUCAUCUAAUGCAGUGUCACUAUCAUCUAAUGCAGUACCAGUAACAUCAAUUGCAGUACCAUUGUCAUAUGAUGCGGUACCAACCACAUCUAAUACAGUACCAAUAAUCCAGCAAAACUCAGUAUCAGUACCGUCAGUCACAGUACCAUCAUCACACAGUACAGCACCAAUACUGUCAGCUACGGUAUCAUCAUUAUCCAGUACAGCAUCAGUACUGUCAGCCACAGUACCACCAUUAUUUAAUACAGCACCAUCAUCAGCUUCAGUACCAUUCACAGCCGAAGAACUAAGCGUACUAAAGCACCAGUUCGAAUGUCAUACCCAGCUACUAUGUCAAUCCAUCGUAUCAUCCCAUGGUAACAACAACCUCAUCAAGUCAUCGAACACAAACAUGAAGAUGCUGAAUGAACUGGACCAAAAAUUUGGUGCCACCUCGACGUACUGGUUCAAUGGUACUCAGUUAAACGAAGCCGUCAAAGCAUGUCAUGAAAUUCGGAAUUUCAACGAAGAUUUAUGCCCAGCGGCUAUGGAAAAGGAACUGGAAUGUAGGUUUUUAAGUACCUUUGGGGAUUGGAAAGAAAGUUUUUGCAGUUUUAUGCUUUGCAAAGAAAGUUUUUGCCAUUUUUUGCUUUGGAAAGAAAGUUCUUGCCUUUUUUGUUUUUUAACUUCGUAAAGAAAGUUAUUGCCAUUUCGGGCUUUGCAAAGAAAGUUAUGGCGAUUCAGGCUCUUGUGAUCAAAUUUGAAGCAGAUUGAUAACUGCAAAGCCAGUUAUGGCAGUUUUAAAAUAGUGGAAGUUGGAUGGAAGAUUUGUAAUGUAAUUUGCACUGAAAAUCUUCCACUAAACUUCCAUUUUUUAAAAUAGCUCAAAAUGGUCUAAAAACACGUUUUUGGCACUUUUUGGAGUGGAAGUUGUUCCAGUGCAAAUCACGUUACAAAUCUUCCACCAAACUUCCACUCCUAAAAAGUGUCAAAAACGUGUUUUUAGACCAUUUUAAGACAUUUUAAAAAUGGAAGUUGAGUGGAAGAUUUUCAGUGCAAUAUGCAUUACAAAUCUUCCACCAAACUUCCACUUUUGAUAAUCGAUUUUUUAGGUUGUGUCAAGAAUGGUUUGGUUUUUUUUAUUGGUAAUGACAUUUAUUGAAAUUUUAUUUAGUUUAAGGAUAUUUUUUUGGAGUUUUAAAAGGGUCAGUUGAAAAAUGGCAGUUUUUGUUGAUUUUUGCCAUUUUUUGGUUUUUUUUUGCCAUUUGAAAUGACAUUUUUCAAAUUUUUAGUAGUGGAAUGGCGUUGUCCUCAAGUCGUGGUCCUAUCCAACUGCAAAGGCCUUCUCUACCCUGACCUGUUACCUAUAAAGUCACCUCGAACUGUCCCAACAGCACCAUUCCUUCAAUCCGAAAAGGUCCUACUUGCUCUAGGCUUGUACCAUUUUAAGCACGUACCAGAGGCCCAGAAGAACGAAAUCAAUCUGAGAUUCACCAAAAUCAUCGACAAGUACCUGCCCAACAAGUACGUCAACAACCUCAACACCGUACUCGGGAUUCUGAAGCGCACGAAGCCGGAAGACUGGUCGGUGGUGGACGAGCUGUGCCUCCGGGCAUUGGAAGGGAAGUGGCACGGCACGGUGGAGUUUUUGAACGUGAAUCCCGUUGAGAAUGGACCAGUGAACUGGAACAGCACGGUCGCUGUACCACAUUGGGUCAAAGUGGUACAAAAGUACCAAAAGAAGGUUGGUGCUAUUCAGCACGAAGAGAGAGGAAUUAGUAGUGCUAAUUGGUACGAAGAGCGAAGAAAUGAAAUAAAUGAUGCUAUUCAGUACGUGGAUCAAAGGCAUGGCAUUUCUGGUGCUGUUCAGUACGUAGAACGAAGAAAUGGGAUUCAUGAUGCUAUUCAGUACGUAGAGCGAAGAAAUACGAUGGUUGGUAGUAUACAGUACGUGAAGAAAAGAAAUAUGGUAGAUAGUGCUAUACAGUACGAAGAUCAAGAUAUGGUUAUAGUCGAUGAAGAAGAAGAUGAUGAGAUGCUGGUGGACGUAGAAACCCAGAGUACGGUGCUGGAUAGCACGGAGGCUGAGGAUAUGGUACUGGAGAGAAUGCAAAGCCAGAGUACGGUACUGGACGUUGAUGGACAAAAUAUGACAUUGGAGCACGGCGAGGAACAAAGCUGGGUUUUGAAGCACGGUGGGGUUCAGAAUGUGAUGCUACAGCACGGUGAAGGUCAGACUUUGAUGCCAAAGCACGGUGAAGAAGAAGAGAUUCUGGAGUACGGUGAAAGUCAGAAUGUGCUGUUGAAGAACGGUGAAGAACAGAAUGUGAAUAUUGAGCACGGUGAAGGUCAGAACGUGCUUAUAGAGAACGAUAAUGAACAGAAUGUGAAUAUUGAGAACGGUGAUGCACAGAAUGUGAAUUUUCCUUCUGAAGCUCCAGGUUUAAGGCCCUUUGUGAUUCCAGCAUGUUUUUCAUCGUACCGUUUUUCAAAAGGUACAAAUUCAUCGUUGAAAAGACCAAGAAGAAGUUCAUCUAACUUAUCUUUUCAAAAUUCAAAAGUAUCGUCAUCCAGUUCUGGAGGUUUGGCUUCAAUUUCAUCGUCAAACGCAUAUGAAUUGGGUCAAUCUUCUUCAUCGUCAAAGAAGUCAAAGGAUUCUGAAGCCUUAUUGUCGAAGUCAUAUGAAGCUUCAGUUUUAUCGUUAAAGUCAUCUGAAUUUGGGCAAUCUUCUUCAUCGUCAAAGGAUUCUGACGCUUCUUUAUCAACGGCUUUGACUUCGUCAUGCAGGCUUAGGAAAGCUACAGUACUAAUGGCUUCAACCCCCAAGAAAUCUACUCUUCCAUCUUUAUUGAAGGCUACAGGACCAUUGUUACCAACGGCUACAGGAUCGUCUUCACCAACGGCUACAGGACCAUCUUCAUCUACGCCCAAGAAGAAGGUACCAUCACCAAAGAAGGUACCAUCGCCUAGAAAAGCUCUAAAACGACUACUCUUUGCACCAUUCAAAGGCUCGUAUCGACGUGGCAAAGCACCCACAAAACAACCUCAUGAUUCGUAUGUCAACCCAAGACUGGCACAACUUGAUGGUGCCGAUUCGAACCCGACUACCCUUCAGAAGCCACGAUCUCGAGGUAAACGCUUAUCAAAUCUUUGUGACAAUUUUAAUUCGAGUCAUGAAAGUGGACUGAAUUCGACCGAAGACAUUGAUGAUAAUGAUGGAGAAGAGGGUGAAGAGCAUGAGGAAGAAGUGGAAGGUGAUGGAGAAGAUGAUGAAGAAGUGGAAGAUGAUGGAGAAGAUGAUAAAGGACGUGGGGAGGAAUUGGAAGAUGAUGAAGAACAUGAAAGAGCCAUUGAAGUUGAUGAAGAAGAACAAGAUGAUGAUAAAGGGCAUGAAGAAGAUGAUGAAGAACACGAAGAAGAUGAUGAAGAACAUGAAGAAGACGACGAAAGGAAACAGCGUGUUGAUGAAGGGCAUGGAGAAGACGAAGAAGAUGAUGAUGAACAAGAAAAAGAGGUAGAAAAUUAUGAAGAACAUGAAGAAGUCAUUGAAGUUGAUGAAGCGAGGCAAGAUGAUGAUAAAGAGCAUGAAGAAGGCGAAGAAGAUGACGAAGAAGAUAAACAACAUGAAAACGAUAAUGAAGAUGAUGAACAACAUAAAGAAGGCGACGAACAUGAAGAAGAUGAUGAACAACAUGAAGAAGCCAUACAAGUUGACAAAGAACAUAAAGAAGGUCAUAAAGAGCAAGAAGAAGGUAAUGAAGACAGUGAUAAAGAACAUGAAGAAGCCAUGGAACACGAUAAACAGUAUAAAAAGCACAAAGAACACAAACAACUUGAAAAACCCAUAGAAGAAGAAAAAGAGGAAGGAGAAAUAGAAAGUGACGAUGAAGUAGAACAUCAUGAACAAAUAGAACAACCUCAAGAACCCAUGUUAAUAGACAGAGAAGAAGGCGAACCGUCAAACUCACAAGACAUUCCAGAAGUCAGUCACGGUACGGCGGGCACGGCAACCAAAGAUCAAGCCAAAACUAAGGCGGUGGAACCACAAAAUGGAGGGUUUUUUGGUAAGUUGAUGCGAAAAGAAUGGCGUAUUUGUGAUUUUUGUGGGAAGUCCAAAAAAGAAUGGCAUAUUUUGGAAAAUUUAGUUUUGAUGCAAAAAGAAUGGCGUGAAUUUGGAAAAUUUGGGUUUGAUGCAAAAAGAAUGGCGUGAAUUUGGAAAAUUUGGGUUUGAUGCAAAAAGAAUGGCGUUUUUUAAAAUUUUAGCUUUGAUGCAUAAAGAAUGGCGUUUUUUUGAAAUUUUAGCUCUGAUGCAUAAAGAAUGGCGUGAAUUUAUAAAAUUUGAUGUUUGAUGCAUAAAGAAUGGCACGAUUUUAAAAAAUUUUAUGUUUGAUGUAAAAAGAAUGGCGUUUUUUGAAAUUUUAGCUUUGAUGCAAAAAGAAUGGCGCGAUUUAAAAAAAUUUUAUAAAUGUGCCAUUCUUCUUGCAUCAAGCCUAAAAAUUUAAUGAUAGAAGUAAAAACUGUGACAUUUUUCAGUAAAACCCUUUGGCGUCUGGUCGAAAAACCCCCGUCGACCGGAACAGGUCGAAAAGUGUAUGGAAGUGUUUCGAAACGCGAAAAUCGUCAAAAUAUGGUGCCGUUUGGCAUUGGAGUGCAUCAAACGGUUCGGCCGAAAGAAGCUGUUUAUGCAUCGUGGACGGACGACUGAGUUUGCAACGAUUCUGAAGGCAAAUGAGAACGAUGAUAAGGUAAGAAAUGGCAGAAUUUGGGUAGAAAAUGGCAGGAAAUUAAGGAAAAGAAGGAGAAAAGUUGAUGUUAUAGUUGAUAUAAGUGAUGAAAACUAAUAUGAAAGAGGGUGAAUGUUAGGUAAAAGGGUCAUAAAAUGAUGACAAAGACCCUACGUUAUUAGUUGAAGUUGAUUUCAAUGCAAAAACCACUGAAAGUUACCUUAUUUUCCUGAUUCAUUCAACCGCGCCAAUAAGAAUUGGCCGAUUCCUUAAGAAACUCAAUAGAAACUUGGACAAUUCUUUUUGACGCGGCCGAAUUUAGAUGUUUUUGAAUUAGAAAAGAUAAUAUGGGGUUGAGUAGUAUGUAUGAAGGUUUUCAUGAUAUAGUAGACAUUAUUUAGCCGAUUUUUCAAAAAUAUUUUGAAAUUUAAAAAAAUUUUAAAUUUAAAAAAUUUUUGAAAUUUGACAAAAUAGCAUAAUAUAAAACGCAAAACUGGUUUUCAUGGUAUAUAUGGGCGUUUUUAUGGCACGAUGGCCAUGUUUUAUUAAAUUUUUCACAAAAAAAUUCAAGUUUGAAAAAAAAAUUUAAAUUUUAAAAUUUUUCUUGAAAUUUUAAAAAAUGUUGACAAAUUUGAUGAAUUUUUUUGAAUUUAAUCGUCAUUAAAAUUCCAGAAGCUGGACAAUUUGCUGAAAAAGUUCCCAGAAGCCCUGGACUUGGUCUAUUGGAUCGGCUCGAUGUUCCAGGAGUCCAAACUGAAAAAGUGCCAAAUUGUGAAUCUAAAAAGAAGAGAAUGCAAAGAUGCCCUAGAGUUGUUCCUCAACAUCAAUGUGAGUCAUUUUUUUGGAAAAAUGCCAUUUUUUAAUUUUUGAAGUUGAAACUUUAAAUUUUUCAAAAAUUUUAAUCAAGUUUGUGGUUUGACAUUGGUUUUUACACAAUUUUAGAUAUACUUCACGGGACAACAGAAUAGCAUGAUGAUAAGAAAGGUCCGCACGGUGGUGGCUGAACGUGAGUUUUUCAAUUUUGCGGGCUAGGGCUAGAAAAACUGAAAAUUAUUUGGAUUUUUGUUAAAUUUUUAGUGGUUAGGCUUUAAAAUCUCAAUUUUUAUCAAUGUUACAGUAAGAAAUUAAACAAUUUUUUGUAUUCAAAAUAUCCAGAAGACCCUGUCGAUUCGAAAACGUCCAUUUCCAGACUACAAAAACAAGCACAGCCUCCGCGCGGAACUUCGCAAACUCCUCGCCGGUCAACAUGAACCCCUAUGGGCCAAAGUCAAACAGUACCUACCACAGGAACGGUACCGCGAAAAGAUACGAUGGCACAAAGCCGAACACAUAUCAGCACGAACUUUCCAACACUACACUCAAUCGACCGACUUAUCAACCAAAAAGUCCCAAAUUCGAGCGGAACAUGUGGAUUUAAGCGGACUUCGACCGGUCGUGCUGGAAAACGCCAAAAUCAAAACGCAAAACACGUUUUACCAGUCGAAUAAACAACAAUGGAUCAAUGUGAUCGUGCACAAGGACGAGCAUGGCAUUCUGCACAAGUACAAGGAGUGGUUGUUGAGAUUCAAGGCCUUCUCGCAGAGCCAUGAUCGAAGCUUGAUGGAGUUGAUGAACUUGUCCAAGGGAUCGAAACAGAAAUCGAUCGAAAAGUUCAUCAAUUGCUACGGGAAUAGUAGGUCUUUGAUGUAUAGUAGUAGCCAGUUUUGUUGGAAGUAUAAGAAAUUGGCUGUUUAGUUCAAAAAAUUGGGCUUUUCGGCCAAAAGACGGAUAUUAUAGUAGAUUCGUGGGGCAAAAGUGUUUAUAACUUUUUGGAAAAAUUAGGUAUAAGAUUGAAAUUUGGUGCAUAGAUAGAGAAUUACAAUAGCCAACUAAUGUAAAAAGCAGAAUUGGAAAGUUUUAAAAAAUAAAAAAGUUACAGUAAUUUUACCGUACUUGACUUUUUUUCAACUUUUUAAAUAUUUUAGACCGAAAUUUGAAAUUAAAAUAGAAACCUGCUUAGCACAUCUAUUAAAGCUAGCAAAAUACUACCGUAAAUUAAAUUUUCAUGUUGAUACAACAAGGUAUGGCAAAGUUACAGUAAUUUUAAAAAGUCGAAAAUCCAAAAAAGUUCGAAUCCACUUGGAGUCGAUUGCCAUUUUAAAUGUAAUUCGAAUCAAAAUCACAUAAAAAUGUUGAUAAUAAGACUGCGCCAUUUCAGAAUUUACCUCAGAGCUGGUCGAAAAGCGGCUGCAGUACCUGUCGGACCUGUUGCACGAGUACUAUGCUCAAAAGAACAAACGAGUAUCGGGUGUAUCAUAG